UGUACACCCCUGCUGUAGAAAUUGGCUUAAAUCUAUGUCCAUCCUGAGUUUUGCGAGUAGAAAAAAACACACAUUUGUAAAGUUGUCUUAUAUGUGACGGACAAUGUUCCGCUCCCAUGUCACUAUUACUGAUUAUGUGGUGAAGAAACGUAUAAAUCGGCGACAACUCACCGAUGUUGGAUACAAAUGUUGGAUACAAAACUAGCUACGUUUACUGGCGAGAUUACGAUGGCGUAAAUAAGAUACAUACAUUAUGUCACGGAACUUUGUAAAAUGUGUUAUAUACGUCUUGUAAUACUUACAACCUUGGCCAUUGUGACCAGCGAUAUGUUGUGCUAGCUUAGUUUUGUAGCUAACUAGUCAUUUAGCUGCUAACGUUACCUGGCAGGGGGAGUGCGCAUUAUGCCUAGGUGUAUAUUUUUCUAUUUGAUUAUUGACCAGGUUGUGAAGUCUUCUGUUUGGUGGUUGACAUGACAUGCUUGGCUGAAAAGGUCGGCUACUGGUGGGCCAAUCAUGACUGUUGUUACCUAGUUUGCUAACCUCAAAUGAUGUAUUGCAGCCCACUAAGAAGACCAAGACCAGAAAGCUCCGAGGGCACGUAAGCCACGGACAUGGUCGUAUCGGCAAGCACAGGAAGCAUCCUGGAGGUCGUGGUAAUGCUGGUGGCAUGCAUCACCACAGAAUUAACUUUGACAAAUACCACCCGGGCUACUUUGGUAAGGUGGGUAUGAGACACUACCAUCUCAAGAGGAACACGGUGCACUGCCCCACUGUCAACCUCGACAAGUUGUGGACGCUGGUGAGCGAGCAGACCAGGCUCAACUACGCCAAGAAGCCUGAGGGCCCCGCUCCCAUCAUUGAUGCUGUGCGCGCUGGCUACUUCAAAGUGCUGGGCAAAGGCAAGCUGCCCAAGCAGCCUGUGAUCGUCAAGGCAAAGUUCUUCAGCAGACGGGCGGAGGAGAAGAUCAAGGCAGUGGGAGGAGCUUGUGUGCUGAUGGCAUAAGCUCCUGUCAAUGUUUUUCAAAUAAACUGUAUAAAUGGA